AUGACAAAAACAAUGCAUUUCGCCGAUUGUUCUCCCGAUCAAUUGGGCUUAGAAGAUAUAGAAACUGUUAAAAUUGAUUAUGAUUUAGGAAAAUUGUUUCGUGGCGAGUUUUUUAUUAAUUCAUUGUAUCCAACUGAUGGUUUUCUACGUAUGAACAAUAUUUAUUGGAUAAAAGAUGAUUACAAAGCCACAGGAAAACGAAUUUUUUAUUCUUGUGAUAUAGCUAUUAAAGGAUAUACUGAUAUGCAUUCUGCUCUGCAUGGAGACGAAGUUCUGGUUCGCUUGAAAAGCAGAAAAAAUUGGUUACCUUGUUCAGAACAGAACGAAAAAUGUGAGUGUAAAGUAUCAGAAUACUGUCCAACCCGUCAGCCUGUUGGAGUAAUAGUUUAUAUAAUAAAGCGAAUUACGAAGCCAAUAAUAGCUUCGAUUGUUUCAACAAAUAAUAAAAUAGCCAUAAUUACUCCAACACACAAUGUGUAUCCUGUGGCUUCGUUAGAUGAACGAUUCGAGCUUCCAACAUCAGCAGUUGAAGGGAAACUAUACAAAAUUGAAUAUACUACAUUUUUUAAAGAAAAAUUUAAAGCUAAAGUUUCAGAAGAGUUAGGCUUAAUUACUGAUCUUAAGACUAUUGAAAAUUCAUUAUUAUCUGAAUUCGAAUUAACUGAUACGAUUAUUCCAUUUUCGAAUGAAGCGCUGCAAUACACUAAAAAUCGAAUAAAAGAUGUUAAAACCGAAAUUGAAACGAAUAAACUCGGAGGAAAUCGAAAAAUUUUGAAUAAUAAGAUAAUUAUGUCGAUUGACCCAGUUACAGCUCGCGAUCGAGACGAUGCGGUUCAUGUAACUGUACUAAAAAAAAAAAAUAAGAUACUAAGUUUUAGUCAAGUACAAGAAACUGUAAUUGACUGGAUUAAAGACUACUAUCGCGACGAUAAAUUAUCUGUGGAAUCAUUAUUGGAUCGAUUUGGCGACGAUUACUCAUUCGAAGUUGGGGUACAUAUAGCCGAUGUUUCUUACAUGGUUCUUCCAAAUUCUCCGUUAGAAGAAUACGUUCGAAAACGCCCGACAACAAUUUAUUUCCCUCACAAAACUAUACAUAUGCUUCCUUCAAUCUUAUCCGAAGAUCUCUUAUCUUUAGAUGAAAAAGGAGAUAAGAUUGCAGUUUCGUUUGUCAUGACUUUGCAAGCAAAUAUGGAAGUGAAAUCUGUAAAAUACUUCCGAUCUCUAAUAAAAGUGCAACACGCACUUACUUAUUACGAGGUUGAAGACAUUUUUACUUUGCUUUUAAAUAAUAGGAAAAACUGUUCAGUUUCAAGCAAUAAAAAUCUUACUACUUCAAGAAAAAGUACUUUAGAUGACAAAAAAGCAAAACGAUUACUGUCGAGUAAUCUCAAUAUUAAUCUUUUACUUUUACUGGCUUUGUCUGAGAGGCUAUAUCGUCUUAGAAAACCAAAUGAUAUUGGUAUAUGCAACACAUUGUCUAUAAAUUUCCUCUGUUCUAAAGAUGAUUCAAAACAAAUAGAAGUAGAGUUAUACUCUCAACUAAGAUCUAUGAAACUUGUACAAGAGUUGAUGCUUCUAGCCAAUAAAUGUGUUGCUACAGAACUGGUAAAUAAGUUCGGAUUAACCGCCGUCCUAAGAUCUCAAAAUCAUGUUAUUGAUUUAGAUAGAUACAAAAAGAAACUCUCGUCUUUUACAGCCAACAACUUCGCACUAGAAACACAACUUCAAAAUAUAACUUUUGAUAAAAUGGCUCAAUUCCAUGCUUUUUUAUUAGAAAAACUAAAUCCUGAAGUUUACGCUUAUUUUUCGAAUACAUUAAAGCAACUUCAAAAUCCGGCAAUUUAUGCUUUAUACAACAAAUUAAAAGAUGAUCCAACUAUUUUACACGAUGAAUAUUCACAUACUUCGCUAGGUUUUCAUCGUUAUACUCAUUUCACAUCGCCUAUUCGUCGGUAUCCUGAUAUACUGGUUCAUCGACAACUUUUAUCAAUUAACAAUGAUUCAAAAGAAUGGAACAAACGAGAAACAUGUCGUACAAGAUAA